CGGAUAACUAUUCACAAUUACCUUUGCCAAAAUCUAAAAGAGGCAGAAGAAGCAAUAUCGAGGAAUUGGUGUCCGGGCCAGUCCAUGAACAUGCACUUCGUUUCAAUCUGAAGGGCGUAUCGUUGAGAUGCGGACUUUCUUCUUCUUCUCCCACAAUCAAGCACCAAGACGUCAUUCCGCAUCAUCUUGCCACAACUGAGGCCAAUCUUGUGAUGCUCAAGAGACUGGUUUCCGGUGAACCUUUGGAAACAUUUCUUACUACGCCAGAGGACCGAAAAGCAUAUGAUCUCUAUGUUGAGAAAUUGAUUCAAGGGUUGAAGAGGGGAGCUGCGAUCACCCCGUUCUCGUUCAUAACGCCUCCUGUAUUGUCUGAUGUUCCUCCCGGAUUGAAUCAUUCUGGUAGAUUUCCGGCCGACGCAAAAUCUCGAGGAGACGACAGUCACCACUUAGCCGAAUUGACCUGUAACCCAUAUCUUGCAACGCAAAAUGUCAGUCCUAAAGCGGCACCAGGCUUUGUAUAUGUUGCGGCCCUCGCCGACGCGUUUGAGUACCCUCCCGGGCUGAUACAACUAUUGAAAGAAUUUGCACUCCAAUACCCGAACGACUUCCUGCACCUUCGUCUCAUGCUUCUGGCAUGCCAUCUUUGGUUUGACAUUAUAACCCAUUCAGAUCUGCGAUUAGAGUGGUUCAUGUCGGAAAGGAAGUAUGGUGGUACGAGAUUCAACGAGGUCCCUAAGGUAUCCUUGGCGGCGUUUAUUAUCUAUUUUGCUCAUUGGCUUUCAUGGACCGAGUCUAUGGGUUUGUCUGAGCAUCCACACCCAUUUCGCUUUGUCUCCAAAGCCUGCGAAUCAGACCAAGCCCGCUCGGGCUUUGCCGUGAAUGAGGAUCACAUUCCCCAGGACAGAGUCAUUGCGUUGGUGCGCAAGGUAACCUCUCGGAUCCCAAACGUUAGCAUUUAUGAGCGAAUCAGCCUCCACCCUUCCAGCGUACCAGGGACCAAAAUGCCGCCCAUGCAUGACUCUUCUUUUUUGGAGUACCCGCAUCGAAUUCCUCUCGCGCUUACGGGAUUGCCACAUCUGGGAUAUCUGGGUUUGCCCAACUACACCCGGCUGAAGCUGGACAGUUAGGACCGUCCUCUGAAGAAGCUGGCCAAGCAUCCAGAGGAGAUACUUCGAUCUCAUUA